GUGGGGAGCCUGGGGACCCGGGGAGGGGCUCCCGGCUCUCCCCGGUGCCCAGGGGGCCUGCUCCAGGUUGCUGGGAAGCAGCUCCGCGUUGCAGGGCGGGAACAUGCCCUUCCACCUCUGGCAAACUUUCGGCCGCCGCAACGGAAGCAGGAACUCGUGAAUCGCAAACCCAGGGCUGGGCGGGAGCUGCGGAGCCUGCUGGGCGUCCUCACCGAGCCCCUCGCGGAUCCGCCGCUGCUACCCCGAGCGCGCUGGGCUGCCCUGCACCGGGAGGGCAGCAGGGCCCGGUCCUCCGGUAUCCAGAGAGAAAUUCCGUCAUCUGUCCAAUCUUCUUGAAGCAAACUCAGGCCAGAAGGAGAGUUAUCUGACCUUUGGAGACCAAGACUAACCUGAAAUUUAAAAUGUUCUUCUGGGAGGGAUGGAGCUUGACUCACACUCGUGUAAUAAUUUGUUUCCUGACACUAAGGCUGUCCACCAGUCAGAACUGCCCCAUCAAGAGUCUAGAAGAUAUGGUCAUUGACAUCCAGUCAUCCCUUUCCAAGGGAAUCAGAGGCAAUGAGCCCAUACACACAUUAACUCAAGAAGACUGCGUUAAUUCUUGCUGCUCAACAAAAAACAUAUCAGGGGACAAAGCAUGUAACUUGAUGAUCUUCGACACUCGAAAAACAGCUAAACUACCCAACUGCUACCUGUUCUUCUGUCCCAGUGAGGAAGCCUGUCCCCUGAAACCAGCAAAGGGACUUAUGAGUUACAGGAUAAUCAGAGAUUUUCCAUCUUUGGCGGGAACUGAUUUGCCAAGCCAGGAGGUAGCCCAGGAAGAGUCUCUGUUCGGCAACAGGUCUUCACACACCAUCACUCCCACGCCCCCUCCUCCCACAGGUGAUUCAGAGUCCACGGUCUUAUGGAGAGAUUCAUUUUCUCAGAAGUUUGGAUCCUCAGAUCACUUGGAGAAACUACUCAAGAUUGAUCUGGCGAGUCCACGGUGGACUGUUGAUAAAGAAAAUGACCACUCUCAGAAGUCACCGUCUUCCUCAGAACAAACAGUAGCUCAUCUGCUGCCUGAAAAUGUGACAGUGUUCCCCAGUCCAGUGGCAGUUACCGCUCUGCCCGCCAUCCUGGCCUCUCCAAAGCCUGCAUCGCUCCCUGCCGCCAACGCUGCAGGGAUACCUUCUGUGACUCCUCAGCCUCAAGGGGCCACCUCUGCCCCACCUGUAGCCGCGGUCACUAACACGACCACAACUGAGGUUCCGACUUCCAUCUUUAGGGCAUCGACACACUCGAAAGGCCCACCAGACACGGCGCCCUUUAGAGACGUUUCCAGCUUGACUUGGAACACAGAGGCUGCCCGGGACCCUGCUCUGUUUCCUUUGUCAAAUGUGAAUUCUCCCACUACAAACACAACAGCUUCCCAGGAAGAUGGGAAGGCCAGCUCUGGUGGGCCCUCCCUGAGCGGUGCUCCAGAAAGGCAGCAGGGCCUCGCAUUUGAACAGUGGCUCCUGGUCGGGACCGUGCUCUUUGGGGUCCUGUUCCUCGCCAUAGGCCUGGGUCUCUUGGGCAGAACGCUCUUAGAAUCCCUCCGCAGGAAACGUUACUCGAGGCUUGAUUAUUUGAUCAAUGGCAUCUAUGUUGACAUCUAGGGGGGAAAUUAGAUGCCUUUUUUUUUUUUUUUUUUUGGCUGUGGGAUGUGGGAUCUUAGUUCCCCGACCAGGACCAGGGAUCGAACCCGUGCUCCCUACAGUGGAAGUGGGGAGCCUUAACCACUGGGAUGCCAGGGAGGUCCCUAGAUGUCUCUUUAUUCAUGUAGUUACUAAUAGCCCCUAUGCAGCGAGGUUCUGCUGAUUUGCUCACCUUCGCGGGAUUUUUCAAGUAUUUGGAAGACAGGCAGAGAUGCCUCCUAAAAGAGAUGCCGCUCUCUUUUUGCUUGUUCUGUGAAAAGAAGCGGGGGAAAGAAACAACCUGGGUGAUUUGAAGGAUCUGUCUCUAAAAUAUUAGCUGAAAACAAAGCUCUACCUAAAGCAAUAAAGAAGAAUUGCCACAUCAAUUGGAAAACGACUGGCUUUUUACAAGGAAAAAGGGUUAGGACUCCUAGGCUCCAAUUCAUUAAUAUUUCUGGUUCCAGAUAAAGUCGACUGUUUAUGGUAUUAAUUCUAAUGGAUUUACUUUCCUUUUUAUAUGAAUUCCAAUAAAACUUAUUCCAGAUGUAUUUCCUUCCAAUUAAAUAUCUGAAUAAAUCUUUUGGUACUCAGUUAAUGUUCUUUGCAAGUGACACGUCCAGCUGGAUAACUUU